UUUUUUACUUUUGCUUCAGCCUUCACAGUCCGAAGUGCCCUUCCCAAACAAUUGAACUCAUGAGUUUGUGUGGAUACUAAAUUAUUUCAAGCAUAAUCCUCGUACAAAGCAUUACACACAUGAGUUUUGGUCCAUAAUAUCUGUUGAAUGCUGAGUCUUUUCUUUUCUAACACUUUCGUGGAAAGUUUUACACACUUCAGAGACUACAGAUCACUUCACAGAAUGAGUUUGGCGGAGAUCAAUGAGAAUGUGAAGCUGGCCAGAGAGUACGCGCUGCUGGGGAACUACAGCUCUGCGGUGGUCUGUUAUCAGGGGGUCCUGGAGCAGAUCGGAAAAUACCUCUACUCACUCAGAGAACCCUCUCUACAGCAGAAAUGGCAGCAGGUCUGGCAGGAGAUAAAUGAGGAAACUAAGCAAGUUCGGGAGAUCAUGACAACACUUGAGAGCUUCCAGCAGGAGUCGACCCCAUCCAAACCCAGCAGCUUUGGCCAGGAGAAUGACAUUAUGCCUGUUCACGUGGAGCACAGGCCGUCUCCAUGUGUAGUGCGGAAAUCUUCCGGCCCGCACAAAGAAAGCAAAGGCCACGGGAACCGAUUGAGCGCUGGGCACCGCAACCAACCACGACCCUCACCUCGUGUUGCCAAUGGGGAUAAGGGAAAACCUCAGAAAGGCAAAGAAAAGAAGGAAAACCCAUCCAAGCCAAAAGAUGAGAGAGGUGUGGAGACGGAGGUGAAGAGGUUCGACAGAGGAGGAGAGGACAAAGAUCUGAUUGAAACUCUGGAGAGAGACAUCAUCUCCCAAAACCCCAAUGUCACAUGGGAUGACAUUGCUGACCUGGAGGAGGCCAAGAAGCUUUUGAAGGAAGCUGUGGUUCUGCCCAUGUGGAUGCCGGAGUUCUUCAAAGGAAUAAGACGCCCGUGGAAGGGAGUGUUGAUGGUGGGUCCACCAGGCACAGGAAAGACAUUGCUGGCCAAAGCUGUAGCCACUGAGUGCCGAACCACCUUCUUUAACGUGUCCUCCUCCACCCUCACCUCCAAAUACAGAGGGGAGUCGGAAAAACUUGUGCGGCUGCUGUUUGAGAUGGCACGCUUUUACGCCCCCGCCACCAUCUUCAUUGAUGAGAUAGACUCCAUAUGUAGCCGUAGAGGAAACUCUGAGGAACAUGAAGCCAGCAGACGUGUCAAAGCUGAACUACUCGUCCAGAUGGAUGGUGUUGGUGGGACGUCUGAAAACGACCCUUCGAAGAUGGUCAUGGUUCUGGCAGCCACCAACUUCCCAUGGGACAUCGAUGAAGCUCUGAGACGCAGGCUAGAGAAGAGGAUUUACAUUCCUCUGCCCUCAGCUAAAGGAAGAGUGGAGUUACUCAAGAUCAGCCUGAAGGAGCUGGAGCUGGCCAGUGAUGUCAAUGUGGACAAGAUCGCUGAGCAGAUGGAGGGAUACUCUGGUGCUGACAUCACCAAUGUUUGCAGAGAUGCGUCCCUGAUGGCAAUGAGAAGGCGGAUUGAGGGCUUGACCCCUGAGGAGAUACGAAACCUGUCGAAAGAUGAGAUGCACAUGCCCACUACAAUGGAGGACUUUGAGACGGCACUCAAGAAAGUGUCCAAGUCUGUAUCUGCUGCUGACCUAGAAAAAUAUGAAAAGUGGAUAGCGGAGUUUGGCUCCUGCUGAUGAUGCCAAAGAACCUUAAUCGUUCCUCCUUACAGUCACCGUUAGCACUUUGAAAGACUGAGGGUCAGUUUCACUAAAUCUCCGAGCACUUCCACCUUGUACCAGACUGAAAUCAAAGGGUGGAAGUCUUGCCUUAAAUGAGGUUUGUAUCUUGAGUUUACAGAUUCACAGUAAUAGUUUAAUAUAUAAUAGUAAUAGAAUUGGUUUUACAUACAGGACUUUUCAGAGCUGCUUCGCUUGAUACAGGUUAAGCUUUCUCUUAAACUGAAAUUCACUCGCAUCAGUUUGUAAGGAUGAAGGCUGAACUAAUUAUCCAGUAAAUCCAGAGUGCUGGAGUCUGGGAAACCUGUUUUGGUGCUCUUAUAACAAACAGCCCCAUGAUGUGUUGCCUAACUGUAGUGUGUACAGACAAUAAUGUUAAUGUGGACACAGGAUUGUUUGAUCUUUACUUGCAAAAUCACUGCCAAUGACCAAAGACCAGCUGUCCAGCUAUUCUCUGUUGUCUCCAAAUGCCACUUGAAGCGAAAAGCUAUGCAAGCUAAAAAAGUUUUUUGCUCCUGUGGUUGAUUUAAAGGCCAAAGUUUCCAGCAUCGGACAAUUGUCUUAAUAGUGAUGAGACCAGCGUGUCUUAAAGGUGUACAGCACUUGACUUUUAUAAACACUAUGGAACUGGUUUCUUUUCAUUACUAACAUUCCAUUGCCAUGAUCAAGUUUUAAAAUGAUGUAUUUUGUUGAAAUAAAUAUUUUUUAAAAGACUCGGAGACAAAAUAAUUUGAGCAGAAUUUACUCUUGUAACAAACUUGGAGGAAAAACAUCAUAAUGCAUCAGAAUGACAGAAAAUGACCCAUUUCAUUAUAAGCCAAUGAAAUGGCUACACUGAAAUAUAAGCAUCCUGCUGAAAUGUUUAAAAUGUUGAGGUACAUCGCUUGAAAUGACUGAAACAUUGUGAUGUGAUGGUGAAUGCUUUGACACUGCUCAGACCCCAGUGUACAAAUCUUCAUUUCAUUCAUCUAAUGCAGGUCAGAGUUGAAAUGUAUUGCUGCUGUGCAUGCUUAACAUAACAGGCAAUAGCUGACGCAACAUGAUUAUUAACAUUAAGCAACAGUUUUAUACAAUCCAUUUAAAACAGAGAAAUAAUCCAUUUAAAUAAUAUGGACAGUUUAAAUCAGCCAUUAAAGUUAUAUUGAUGGUCCUUUACAUUAAUGGAUUAUUUGUCCAUUUGUCCUUUAUAAUGCUGUACCCUUUAAUUGUCAGUAAUGACACAAUGUCAUGUCCAUACAACAGGCAAAGCAAUACCUAGUAUUACCA